AUGGCACAAGGAGAGCACGCAAAGAGAAGGAAAUUGGAUUCUCAUACUGCAAGAACCUUAGACAGGAUUACUUUGAAAGUGGACAAAAUCGCUUCUGCGCCCACUUCAAACAUCUUCGAGGAGAAGGUUGGACGUCUGUUUAGAGGAGGCUGGUGUAAGCCGCGAAAAGCAGCAGCAGAUGAAGUCUUGACACAGACGGAAAUACAGUGCACCGACGCCGACACACAGACUGUUUUGCACCAGCUAGACUUCGCACGCAAAUUGAGGCACAACCGCUUGAUGAGGAAGAAGAUUCGACAAAGGAAGAAGAAAAGGUAUCCAACCGAGAAGACUUACCUCCACCUCACUUAG